AUGUAUGAACUGGGAAUAUGGAGUUAUAAAGUAUACCACUGCCAUCCCGAAGAAUCUGGGGACGUGUACGAAUACUUUGGGUAUUUAGGCGCAGUCCACUGGGCACCUGACUUCAUAACAUACCUACGGAGGACAUCCCUAGGAUGGAUCCUCGUCUGCCUGCUAGACCAAUGCGUCGCCUUCUCACUCGCCGAGCUGGCAUCCCGCUACCCAACCUCUGCAGGACCCUAUUACUGGAGCUUCCAAAUCUCUCAGGGCAAUAAAACCACCAUUUCCUUCAUAAACGCCUGGAUCUGGCUCGUCGAUAACUGGACAAUAACCCUCUCUGUGAAUUUCGGCUUCGCCUCCAUGCUCUCAGCAACUAUCUCCCUUUACCAUCCAACUAGGUCCGCAUCCAGCUGGCAACUCCUUUUAACCUUUUACGCCGUCUGUCUAGCCUCCCUGAUCGUCUGCAUCUUUGCAAAUAAAUACCUCCCCCAGCCCAUAACAAUCCUCGGCAUCCUCCUGAUUGUCUCCAUUAAACCCCAUACCCCGCGCCACUCACCAUCCUACACCCUAUCCCACUAUGAUAAAUCCUUCGCCGGCUGGGGAAACUUCACCUUCUUGAUCGGCCUCCUCCCAGCAGCAUACACCUUCUCCGCCAUCGGCAUGAUCUCUUCCAUGGCAGAAGAAUGCUCCAACCCAGCAAUCAAAGUGCCCCGCACAAUUGCCCUCAGCGUCCCCGUCGGCGGCACAGCAGGCCUCUUCUUCAUCAUCCCGCUCUGCGCAACCCUCCCCCCACUCCAAGAUAUCAUCUCCAAUGUCCCAGACGGCCAAGCCCUCCCCUACAUCCUAGCACGUAUAAUGGGCUCCCCCGGCGGCGGUCUGGGCCUCGUCUCCCUCGUCCUCCCAUCACGGUAUUCUGCUCGAUCAGCAUUACUGUCGCCGCGUCACGCGCCACAUGGGCCGUUGCCCGUGACGAUGCCCUACCACUUUCGUGGCUUCGGUCGCGCGUCCAUCCGCGCUGGGAUGCUGCUGGGGCUGAUUAAUCUGGGGAGUUCGAGUGCUUUUACAGCAUUUGUUUCGGUGGGGGUUAUUACGCUUGCCGCGGCUUAUGCCAUUCCCAUCUUUUUGAGUCUGUGGUAUGGGCGUGAGGAGGUUGGGAAGGCGCCUUGGAAUUGUGGGAGGAUUCUUGGACCAGUUGUUAAUGUGAUUGCGCUCCCUUGGAUUUCAUUUGAGUUGGUGCUUUUUAGUAUGCCCACGGUUUUACCAGUUACGCCUGUGUCGAUGAACUAUGCUUCGGUUGUUUUUGUGGGGUUUAUGGCCAUUUCGGUGGUUUGGUUUUUGGUUUAUGCGAGGAAGUCUUACAAGGGUCCGCCAGAGUCAGAUGCGCUCGAUUGA